AUCAAGUGGCGAUGCGCGUGGUGCAACUGCGCGCGCAACCUCGACUCCAUGGUCUACUGCAAGCACUGCGGAGAGUGGCGCACCGAGGCGCCCAGCCAGGGCGCGGAUGCUGCAUUGGAAGGCCCUGCUGUUGACCCCAGCCUCACGGUCUCCGAGCUCGAGGACCUCGUGCGUCUGGCCGAGAAGGCAGGGGACCAGCGUGUGGCAGGCCGCUACAAGCAGCAGCUGCAGACUCAGAAGGCUGGCGAUCCCCCGCCACAGCAGCGCAUCAGUGCCAUCGGCGCCAAGGUCGCCGAGAUCGAAUCUGUAUUGGAAAAGGAAGUCCAGAAGCUCGAGCAGUACCAGCAGUGGGUGGCUCAGCAGCUGGACACGGUCGCCGAGCUCACGGAGCGCUUAUCUCAGGCCGACGCCGAGUACAGGGCUGCUGUUGCGUCUCUGGUCGGCGACCGACCUGAUCGUGCAGCCUCUCCCGCUCCACCUCGUAUCUCCAUCAAGGAGGUGGUCGACGGCACUGGCAGCAUCAUUGACCUCAUCGACGUUGACUCAGUGUUCGACGUGGACGGCUACGAGUGCUCGGACGAUGACCGCAAGAACAUCUCUGACCGUCGUGAUUUGCUGCGGUCCCAGUUGCAGGACGUGGCCAAGGGCCUCUUCUCUGGCGCACUCGAGAAGCUGGAGGCCAUCAAGGCCGAGCAGGCCGCCCACGUCGCCCGCCUCACCAAGAAGAAGCGGAAGGGUGGAUCAGGUGAAGGUGUGGCUGCGGGCCCCGUGGCAGGCGCUACACAGGACUCGACCACUGCCAGCCAGGAUCCCAAGGCGAAGGACAGGGAUAAGUCGGUCG